AUGGGUGCAGGUGGGCGAAUGUCGACUGAUCCUCCUUCGAACGCCCUCGAUCGAGCCCCAACCUCCAAACCGCCAUUUACGCUUGGGGAGAUUAAGAAAUCAAUCCCGCCCCACUGCUUUCAAAGAUCGGUCAUCACUUCAUUCUCCUACCUUGUAUACGAUCUCCUCAUAGCCUCCUUCCUCCACUACGCCGCCACAUCCUACAUCCAUCUCCUCCCUGCCCUGUCAGCUGGCUUCGCCUGGCUUCUUUACGCCUUCGUCCAGGGCACCGUCCUCAACAGCGUUUGGGUCAUCGCUCACGAAUGCGGCCAUCACGCCUUCAGCGAUUACCGAUGGCUCGACGAUACAGUCGGCUUCAUCCUCCACUCGGCCCUCCUCGUCCCCUACUUCUCGUGGAAACACAGCCACCGCAGGCACCACUCAAACGCCGCCUCUAUCGAACGCGACGAAGUUUUCGUCCCCAAACGUAAGGAAAGCGUGGAAUCCCUAGCUAAAAUCAUCAAUAAUCCAAUUGGUCGGACCAUAACCAUCGCCAUCACGCUUACCAUAGGUUGGCCUUUCUACUUAAUCUUCAACUUCUACGGCAGGCAUUACGAACGUUUCGCCUCCCACUUCGAUCCCUACAGCCCCAUUUACUCUAAACGGGAGCGCUUUCAGAUAUUUCUAUCGGACAUGGGCUUUCUUUCAGUCGGAUUCCUUCUCUACCGUCUCGCCUUGUCCAGGGGAAUCGCUUGGGUGAUGUGCGUUUACGGCGGGCCUCUUCUCGUGGUGAAUGGAUAUCUCGUGCUGAUAACAUGGUUACAACACACUCACCUCUCGUUGCCUCAUUACCAUUCGGAUGAAUGGGAUUGGUUGAGGGGGGCUUUAUCGACUGUGGAUAGAGAUUACGGGAUUCUCAACAAGGUGCUCCAUAAUAUAACCGAUACUCACGUUGCUCACCAUUUGUUCCCGACCAUGCCGCAUUAUCAUGCGAUGGAAGCGACUAAGGCGAUAAAGCCCGUGUUGGGAGAAUACUAUCGGUUUGAUGGGACUCCGGUUAUGAGUGCGUUAUGGAGAGUAGUCAAGGAAUGUCUUUAUGUGGAGGCUGAUGAAGAUGAGGGCGCAAACAAAGGCAUCUUGUGGUACCAGAACAAGAUUUAGGGUCUCCAUUGAUCUUUGUUGUUGUUGCAGUCUAAAUUGAAUAAAUGACUUUUAAUCGAUUGAUUCGAUGAGUCAUUAGUGCAUGGUAAAGUAUAAUGAAGUUAUUUUUAUAUAGAAUUGUCUUUUCUUAUCUAAAAUUUGGAUUAGCAAGUAUUAUAUGUAACUAUUUGCUCUA